UUAUAUGUUUUUAGUGAUUGUUUAUUAUCAUCUACAGGAACCACUCCGUAGUCCGCUCCGCUGAGAGAGAGAGAGAGAGAAUGGUCCUUUGGGAUCGGAUCGCGAGGAGAGCGGCAACCUCGAUCCCCGGAAGCCAGGCACGCUCCGUCAUCGGCAUCCACGUCUUCCGCUGUCCGGAUGUGGUGGGGAUCGUCGCCAAACUCUCCGAGUGUAUCGCUUCCAGGGGCGGCAACAUACAGAGCGUGGAUGUCUUUGUUCCCGAGAAUAAGCAGGUCUUUUACUCCAGGAGUGAAUUUGUCUUUAAUCCCACUUGUUGGCCUCGGGAGGUGAUGGAUGAUGACUUCCUCAAAUUAUCAAAGUUGUUCAAGGCAGAAAGAUCCAUUGUGCGGGUCCCUUACCUAGACCCUAAAUAUAAGAUUGCAAUUCUUGUUUCAAAGCAGGAACAUUGUUUGGUAGAUUUGUUAUAUAGAUGGCAAGAUGGUAAGCUUCCUGUUGAUAUCAGUUGUGUAAUAAGUAAUCAUGAAAGGGCUCUGAAUACACACGUUAUUCGAUUUCUUGAAAGACAUGGGAUUCCAUAUCAUUAUUUGCCAAUGAGUGAGGAAAAUAAAAGAGAACCAGAGAUCCUGAAGUUGAUUAAAGAUACUGAUUUUAUAAUACUUGCAAGAUAUAUGCAGAUACUAUCAGGAAUUUUUUUGGAGAGCUAUGGUAAAGAUGUAAUUAAUAUUCAUCAUGGCCUUCUUCCAUCAUUUAGGGGUGGACGUCCUUCCCAGCAGGCUUUUGACGCUGGGGUGAAACUUAUUGGUGCAACAACUCAUUUUGUUACUGAAGAACUGGAUGCUGGUCCAAUUAUUGAACAGAUGGUAGAGAGAGUCUCUCACAGGGAUACCUUACAAAGCUUCGUGCAGAAAUCUGAGAACCUCGAGAAGCAGUGCCUUGCACAAGCAGUAAAAUCAUAUUGUGAACUUCGAGUGCUACCUUACGAAGUAAACAAGACGAUCGUAUUCUGAUAAGAAAUCCCUUGCAAGCCUUCUCACAUGCUAUUAUCUUAUCUGUUGAAUAAUAUCUUGAUUACUGGAAAAUUAUCUUAUAUGUUGAAUAAUAUCUUGAUUACUUUCCAGUCCCCCGUUGUUCUGAUCAUACUUUCCAAAGCAUGAACAGAAUCUAAAGAAUAAAUUGAUUUAAUCAGAAGUUUUUGUUUGAUUUUA